CUUUUUUUUUUUUUUUUUUUUUUUUUUUUUUUUUUUUUUGAUUUUCACCUUCAUUACCGUCUCUCCCUAUACAUCCGUGAUGGAUUCCGAAGAGGCACCUCCUCCCCCGUACUCCGCCGUCGACCCGAACCCAAACAAUCCCCGGGUCACGGGUGGUGUCAAUGGGGGACACUUGCAUUUACGCGGUGGGAAUUCGCCAUUAUCAAUAGCCACACCGGGGAGUAGCUCUAGCAGUGUGCUCAUCGGCUCCCCAUCAUCGUCAUCCUCUCGCUUCACGCCUGCCAACUUCGAGUCGGCCGUCGCAUACUUUACCGAACGACCGCCCACGGUAUUGGACGAUGGCAGAGAGAUCCUGCAUCACCAUUUGACCAUAUACCCACGGAGUCAGGCGAAGGAUUUUCCCCGUCGGCCGCGGUGCUGGAAUUCGCGGAACGAAGAGAUAACUCAGCAGGACUGGGAUAUGUUCUUGAGGUAUCUCUUUCCUCCGAAUUUGGGACUGGCGUCUGCAUCGGGACAUUUGACGCGGCAAUUGAGAGCGCAGAUCCAGCGGGAUCGCAAGGAUAGGCCGCAGGAGACGGAUGAGCAGCGCAAAUUGCGGAUUACUGCUGUGGUUACGGAGUGGAACCAAUGUUUCUUUGAACCUCGUGCCGCCAGGCUUUUGUUUACCUAUAUCACUGACCCGGGGAAUGCGCCGACAACUUCGCUUUGUCCUAAGUGUUACCCUGCUGCGACGAGGGCAAAUCAGGAGAGUCGGCCUUCGCGGACGCAAUCAGUAUUUAGUCGAGGGAGGCAAUCGUCGCAGUCGAGUACGCCUCCAGCAACUCCGGGACAACCUGCCACGCCGCCGGUGAACAAUGGUUAUGCUCCUCGGACACAUUCAUAUCCCCAACCAUACGGCGCGGCUCCUGUACCUUAUGCGCAGGCGCCGUAUAGUCAACCUGCGUUCUAUCCACCGGCAGCACCUCACAACGCUUAUCCCGCACAUGCAUAUCCACCGCAACCACAACAACCAUAUAAUUACCAACAACCAUAUCCAUGGGGUUGGAAUAAUCGACAAUACCCUCCUCAGUCGCCAAGUUCGGGUGGUUCCAAAGGUGGUCCCUUGGGUUGGAUUUCUUCCCUUGCGUCCCAUAUCACGGAGCAAGCUGAGCGAUAUGGCGACAAGCUCAGUGCCCAUGCUGAGCAUUAUGGGAGACAGGUGGAAGAGCAGGCCAUAGCGCAUGGUCGCUGGUUGGAGGAGCAGGCUGGGUUAUCAGGGCGGAAGACUCAGAGUCCGUAUGCUGGUUAUCCUCAACCGGAUCCACGCUAUCAAUAUUACAACUACUACAACAACUAUCCUUAUCAUUAUUAUCACCAGCCUAACGCGACCACGAAUACGAACCCUAGCCCAGCCUCUGCACCAACCACUCCCGUUACCGCUGCAACUCCCGCUGCAACUCCUGCUUCAACCACCGCGCACGAUCGCACAACCUAAUUCACGCCCUCGCAGCUUAUCCAUUGCUUCCGCAACUUCCGAUUCGUCCCUGACAUCCAUCGA